AUGGUUCAUAGAUAUGCUCCAAAUGUUGUGCUCUCAAUCCCCUCGAAACCAGUAGCCUCGAUUAUGAAGAUGACUGCCUCUCACCUACGGGUCAUGCUCUUUCCUGCUCGGCCGGACCUUCAGAAACCGACGGAACCGCCAGAUCCUUCUGUACCACCAAAUACGCCGCCUUUCUCUUUGGUAAUCAUUCUCGGCUCUAUCCAUGUCGUGUUACAAUGUCAACAUACUUGUUCUUGUGGUCCUUCGAACCAUCUCUACACUGCUGCUUCACCGUCGUUUUCACCGGAAAAAAGUCUCGAUGCUUUUUGGCCUUUUUGGUGA